CAAAAGUCAAUGAAAAAAUCAUUUACCAAAUAUGGCAUAUAUGUGGUGUUUUUUCAUAAUAUUGUACAAUUAUUUAAGCGUACAAUGCAUCAUACCGAUAAUUAGCUUCUUAAGUGACUUCAUAAUAGUCUUCCAUUCAAUGAAAAUAUUUCAAAUUUUUUUUUGAAGGGAAAAUAUUUCAAUUUUUUUAAAAUACUUCAAAAAAAAUUGUAAAUUUUUCAUUUUACUGCAAGUUAAAAAUCUUAACGAGAUAAACGGUGGAGGGAAAAUGGAGAAUAUACCGAAAGUGAUAUCCUUUAUCACGAAUACCAACACUGCAACACACACACUCUCUCAACAAAAAACACUGUCAACAAAAAACACAAUAUUGUAAUCCCCAAAAGUGAAAUCAACAAUCAUAAAUCAACGGCAAAAGAAAAAAAAAAAACCUCCCUCACAAAUCCCUUUCCUUUUCCACCACUUUUCAACACACAAAACAAACACUCCCUCUGUUUUCCUGUAUAUCCGGCCCCUGUUACUCACUCAAUCAAACCCCCUUUUUUCCAUUUUCCACCAUUUUUCUUCUUCUUUCUCUCUCCUCACUCAUCUUCAACACUAACAUAUGAAAAAACAAACAAAAAAACAUUAUUAGCUUCUAAAUUUCAUUACAUAGUACAUAACAAUGGAAGAAGAAGAUGCAAAUUUAUUUAGAAAACCCCAUUUUUAUCACCAAAAUCAUAAUGCUAAAUUUCAACCAAAUCCCAGAAAUAAAAGUUCUGGAACAUGGAAGAAUUUAAACUUUGGGAAUGGAAAUUUAGGUGUGGAGAAUUCUGGGGUUUUCAUUCCUUCACCUGCAGUUAAUUCUGCAAUGUCAUUUCCUGAUAGUGAUUUUGGUUCAAGGUCUAGAAUAUACAAUGAUGAGACUGAAAGUUGGAGUGAAUCACCAAACUUGCAAAAUGGAAACAGUAAUCAUUUCAUUCCCUCGGCUGCGAGUUCGGCUUCAAUGCCAGCUUGUGUAGGUGAUUUUGCUUCAGCAAUUCAAGAAUCAAUGAGUGCAAAGUUCAAUCAUGCAUGGUCUUAUGUGAAGAAACAGGAUGAGAUGAGAUCAGAAGAAAACAACAAUGUGGCUUUAGGUGGGGAAAAUGCCAACAAUUUCAUGCCUUCAGCUGCAUUUUCGCCAUCAAUGCUUACUUCUGCAGAUGGUUUUGCUUCAUCAGCUCAAAUUUUAAAGAGUGCAAAAAUCAAUCAUGGCCGGUCUUCUCCAAAGAAAAAGGAAGCGAUGAGAUCAAAAAACAACAAUGUGGCUUUGAGUGGGGAAAACACCAACAGUUUCAUGCCUGCAGCUGCAUUUUCGCCAUCAAUUCCCACUUCUGCAGAUAGUUUUGCUUCAUCAGCUCAAACUUCAAAGAGUGCAAAAAUCAAUCAUGGCCGGUCUUCUCAGAAGAAAAAGGAAGAGAUGAGAUCAAAAAACAACGUGGCUUUGAGUGGGGAAAACACAAACAGUUUCGUGCCUUCAGCUGAAUUUUCGCCAUCAGUUCCCACUUCUCCAGAUGGUUUUGAUUCAUCUGGUCAGAGUAUAAAGAGUGCAAAAAUCAAUCAUGGCCGGACUUCUCCAAAGAAAAAGGAAGAGAUGAGAUCAACAAACAACAAAGUGGCUUUGAGUGGGGAAAACACCAGCAAUUGCAUGCCUUCAGUGCCAGCUUCUGCGGAUGAUUUUGUUUCACCAAUUCAAGAAUCAAAGUGUGCAAAAUUCACUCAUGGGUCAUCCUUCAAGAAAAAGGAUGAAAUGAGAUCAGAAGAGAACAAAUGUGUGGUUUUGGAUGAGGAUUAUGCCAAUAAUUUCAUGCCUUCAGCUGCAUCUUUGCCAUCAAUGCCUCCUUCUGCCAACUAUCUCUCAUCAUCAGUUCAGGAAUCAAAGAGUGCAAAAUUCAGUCAUGGAUCUUCUCUCAAGAAAAAGGAUGAGAUGAGAUCAGAAAGCAGCAAUGUGGCAUUGGGUGGAGAAAAUGCCAACAUUGUCAUGCCUUCAGCUGUAUUUUCGCCUUCAUUGCCCAUUUCUGCAGAAGAAUUUGCUCCUUCAGUUAAAGUAUCAAAAAGUGCAAAAUUCAAUCAUGGCAAGAAUAAGGAGGAGAUGAGAUCAGAAAGCAACAAUGUGGCUGUCGUUGGAAGUUUUCAGGAGGAGAUUAAUUCUUAUACCCUCAACUUUGAUGGCCCACUUUCAGGUGGUAAAUCGAAGCUGGAGAAUGGAAAUUCGGGUGGUGAAAUUCUCGAUUUUUUCAAGAACACAGUUGAAGUUCUGUCUUCAGUAACAGCUCCUGUUAAUGAGUUUGCUUCAUUGGUUAAAUCUUCAAAGGAUGGAAAAUGCUGUAAUGGUGUUAUUGUUAAGAAGGACGAGGAGAGAUUGGAAAAGAUGAACGAGCAAACCUCAAUACCAGAGAGAUGGGAUAGUGACUGUUUUGUGAUACCAUCAUCAGAAAACAAUGAUAUGAGAGAGUUAUUGCAAGACAAUCCCUCUCCUUCACUGAUUGAUUCCUCAGAAGCACCGUCAUCAGCAGGAUCAAGUACUAGAAUGUCUUGUCAUGAGGAAGGAUCACCGCGGAAUAGAGUGGAAGAAAUAGACAUCUCUGAAAUAAAAGAUGUUCUUGGAGAGAAUGACUCCUAUAAGCCUUCAACACCUUCACCACCACCACAAGUUCAAACACGAAGAAAUGAUGAUGUAGCAUCGUCUGUUGAAUCGAGCUCUAGGGCCCUUGAAAUUCGAUCUUUGCUUAACGAUGAUGAUGCUCAUGGAUCACCUCCUACACCAGGGAGAAGGAAAGCUUUGUCGAGGGCAUCCCAUUCUAGGAGGUUUAGUUGUGGGUUCUUUGAUAGAGAUCUAAGGAAGAGCUUCAAGGAAGAGGCAAAGGAAGCAAACAAGAAAACCAAGGGAGAUCAUCAUCAGUUUCCCAGAGGAGGGAAAUGCGGUGCUUGGGAUUGCUUGAAGUUGGAUGUAAAACCAACUCUGAAUAAGGCUGUUUUGAAGGGUAAAUCUGUAAGAACAAUUAAGCCAAAAGACACUCACCAAGAACAGAAGUGCGAGGAAAAUAAUGAAAUGGUGCUUAUAAAAAUUGGAAUCAGUGAAAAGAGAGCGAAUUCUGAUGGUAGAAAAGGUGAAAAGCUUCAAGAAAUUAGUGGUACCUCCAUUAUUGUGGGAUUGAACUCGAAACAGAAUUCGAAUGGUGCCACUGCUGUACUUGUUGAUGAAGUUAAGGAGGAGGAGAAUGAUAGCGAGAUUGAUAGGAAGGCUGACGAGUUCAUUGCCAAGUUUAAGCAGCAAAUUAGACUUCAAAAAGUUGCUCCAAGGGGUGACUCGAGCAGACAACAUAGAAAUUCCGCAAAUUAAUCUUGAAGCUGAUAAAAUUGUCUGUGAUUCAUAUGAAUUGAUUUGUGUUUACUUUCCAAUUUAUUAGUCUGCAUAAAUUAUUUUUUCUUUCCAUGUUUUUUCCCCAAGCUUGCAUUAUGGAGUAUUGAUCUGAUCACUUGCGAAAAUGCUGUAUUGCUGUCAUGAUAUGUUAUGUAGCUUAGUUUUAUAACAGCUACUUAAUUACUAAAAAUAUGUUCAGAUUAUUUAUGAAAUAUCCUUGCUUAGUUGUA